GCAGGAAUGAACAAGUCUCACACGGAACACAAUAAAAAAUGGCGACCUGCGCUGAUGCACUGCGCAAGCAGGAGAAACUUGAACUAAUGGCGCUGGCGCACCGGUGUCUGCGCCGUUUUGAGUGCGUACCGCCAUUCCACACGUGUGAUUCGAGAAUAAAGUGCGAUAAAGCGUUAAUAAUGGCAGAAAUUGACAAAAAGAAAAAGAAGAGCAAGAAGUCCCUGGGGGAGGCCCAGGUGGCUAUGGACUGCAAAAUGGAGCCUGCUGAUGGUAUUGUCAAGCUUGAAUGCAAGGACUGGCCUCUGCUCUUCAAGAAUUUUGACAAACUACUCACGAGAACCAAACAUUUCACCCCCUUGACCUGUGGCUCGACGCCCCUUCACAGACCCAUCGCAGAAUACGUGAAGAGUGGGUGCAUAAAUCUUGACAAACCGUCGAACCCAUCAUCUCACGAGGUUGUUGCCUGGAUAAAGAGAAUUCUGAGAGUGGAAAAGACUGGACACUCUGGUACCCUCGAUCCAAAAGUCUCUGGGUGUCUUAUCGUAUGUAUUGAUAAAGCCACGAGACUCGCCAAGUCCCAACAGUCCGCGGGAAAGGAAUAUAUCGCGGUUUUCAAGUUGCAUGAAGCUGUUGAAGACACAAAAAAGAUAAAUCAAGCGCUGGAGAGAUUACGCGGUGCGCUGUUUCAAAGGCCUCCGCUGAUAUCCGCGGUUAAGCGACAAUUGCGUGUGAGGACGGUUUACGACAGCUGGUUCCUAGAUUACGACAAUGAACGUAACAUGGGCAUAUUUAAAGUUAAAUGUGAAGCUGGCUCCUACGUCAGGACAAUAUGCGUUCACUUAGGGUUAUUCCUGGGUACUGGGUGUCAAAUGCAAGAGCUAAGGAGAAAUAGAUCUGGGGUGCAAGACGAGGAGGACAAUAUGGUGACAAUGCACGAUAUUAUGGACGCCCAGUGGCUCUACGACAAUCACGGCGAUGAGUCCUACCUGAGAAGAGUUAUCAAGCCCCUGGAGGCAUUGCUCGUUAAUCACAAACGAAUUAUCGUUAAGGACAGUGCGGUGAAUGCCAUCUGUUAUGGAGCCAAGAUCAUGUUACCUGGAGUCCUUAUGUACGACGAUGGUAUUGAGUUGAAUAAAGAGAUUGUUAUUGUUACCACAAAAGGCGAAGCUGUGGCUUUAGCAAUUGCAAUGAUGACAUCCCCGACGAUGGCGGCAUGUGACCAUGGUGUAUGUGCGAAGAUAAAGCGAGUGAUAAUGGAGAGAGACGCGUACCCCAGGAAAUGGGGUCUCGGUCCAAAGGCCUCCGAGAAGAAGAAGAUGAUUCUCGAUAACAAGCUGGAUAAACAUGGUAAACCGAAUGAAAAUACCCCCUCAGACUGGUUGACGAACUAUCAGGAUUACUCUGAAGUGCAGAAGGAAAAUGGAAUCGCGGGAAAGAAAAGAACCCACGAUGAGUCAGAGGCCCCCAGUGCAGUCUCCAGUACUCCAGUAUCUCCCAAGAAAGAACAUGAGGAAAUGGACGUCGACGUGGCUUCCCCCAAGGACAAGAAGAAGGAGAAAAAAGAGAAAAAGAAGAAGAAGGAGAAAAAGGAGAAAGAGGCUGAUGAGACACUUCCCACUGAGUCUGAAGACUCGGAGACCCCUAAAAAGGAGAAAAAAAAGAAGAAGAAGAAGAGCAAAGAGGCCCCGGAGUCCUCCUAAUCCGCCAAUUCUCUUUUUAACGCCAGGACCAGAACAGAAGAUGAUGAAAAAGCUCAGGAAUCGAAUGAAUGAUGUAUAUAAAGCUGACUGAUGCCCUGACAUUCGAUAUUUUCCCCUGAAGCACGUACGAAAAUACAUUCGUAUCAACAAUUCAGUCAACUUACCUCAUUGUUUCCUCCUGAGGAC